CGGGGGCUGUAGUCCCGGGGCAGCUCCGUGCCCCGUGCCCCGGCCGUUCCGCAGCGGGGCUCCCGGCCGGCCCCGCCGGGCAUGCAGCGGCUGCUGCGCCGCCUGCUCCCCGCGCUGCGCCCCGCGCUGCGGCCCCGCGCCCUCCUGGCCCCGCCGCGGCCCAUGGCGCUGCGCCCGGCGGCGGCGGCAGCGGGGGGCGGCGGGGGCCCCCCCGGCGGGUCCCCCCCCCGGGAGCACGAUGGGCUGGAAAAUGUACAGGAAAAGAAGAAAAUCUUUGCCGAGAUUAAAAAAGCAACACAACAGAGAAAAAAGCCAUGUCCAUCUGCUGAAUCAGUAGACUCUCUGAUGGCAGAAAUGCCGUUUGCCAACACAGAUAUUGAAGAUGAAUUUGCUCUGCAUGCCACCUCCGAAGUAAAUAAGGAAAAGAAAAGAAAGAGGACUACUGGAAAGGAAAUUCCAGAAGGCAGUGAGAGAAAUAAGAAAAAGAAAAAACAGUAUCAGCCAAAUUAUUUCAUUUCUAUUCCAAUUACUAAUCCAGAGAUUACUGACGGUAUUCGGGCCGUCCAAGAUGCAAUAAUACAAAAGGAUCAUAGGCUUUCCAAAGCAAUGGUUCGCUGUGCCUCACUGCACGUCACCAUGUUGGUGAUGCAUUUAUCUGGUGAAGAAGAAAUUGGCAUAGCAGUUGAUGCUCUUUCAGACAGCAAGGAUUUUGUAGAAGAUCUCCUAAAAGGAAAAACUGUGGACUUGUCUUUUCAAGGAAUUGAUCAUUUCAAAAAUGAAGUUGGAUUUGUGAAGUUGACAGAAAAUGAUCAUACAGCUGUACUUACAGAAAUAGCAGAGACUAUGAAGAAGAUAUUUCAAGAAAAAGGCAUCUUGGCAGGAGAAGGAAGAGCUUUUAAACCCCAUCUGACUUUCAUGAAGUUGUCAAAAUCAACGCAGCUACGUAAGGAGGUGAAAAAAAUUGACUCAAGCCUAUAUGAAGAUUUUAAAAACCAGUAUUUUGGAGAUGAAGUCCUUCAUCGCUUAGAUCUUUGCUCCAUGUUGAAAAAAAAGCAACCCAAUGGCUACUACUACUGUGAGUCCUCUGUUUUUCUUGGUGAAAAACAUGCAGCAGAGCCAGAUGAUGCAGAGCUGGUGAGCCUCAGCAAAAGGCUGGUGGAGAACGCAGUGCUCAAGGCUGUACAGCAAUAUUUAGAAGAAACGCAAAACAAAACCAGACAGACUGAUGGAAGCCCUGUGAAAACUGAGGAAGCAGCCAGUGGCACUAAGAAUGAGAGCGACAAUGACAGCAGCAAGUGAGCACUGUGCAAAAAGCCCGGGAGCAAAUAUCCCACCGAGAAUAACCACAGAAACAUGUCCCGGCUCCCUGCUGAAACUUGCUAAGUGGUGCUGGGUGACAGGCACUCUGCUUUGUGAGUCUCUUAUCAAAAGUUUGUUCUGAACCGAAGGACACUGCCGACGAGCCUAACAAGUGCUUGCGUUGCUGAAAAUCUGUUGAAUGCUGAGAGGGAUGGACUGCAGAAAAAAGGCAAGAAUGGUGAAUCAGACAGCUCCAGUCUUUGCUGGCUCUUCACCAAGAGCCCCUUCCUUGCUUCUGGAGAGAAACUGAGCCCUCUGUGUUUGCCUGUUGGGUUGUAAUGAAUGGCCACGGAAGGGGCCUCGCCGUAUGUGGAAACAAUGCCCUCCGUGCUGCUUGGCGCUGCCACAGGGCUGCUCGCUGGAUGCGAGAGCACAUUCUGUUUCGUAGUCAGCAGCAGUCAUCCCAGGCUAAAAAUUACCACUACAGAUAUUCCUCGCAGAUACUAUUACACAG